CAACCGCCAAUGCGCAAGUUCCCAUUUCUAUGUCAGUGUCAAGUGUCGAAUACAAAAUUUAUGUUUCGUAUAUUUUUUUCCACUACAUUGUUCGUCUCGUCUGUCGUUGAUCCAUCUGCCCCGAAAGUCUCGUCAUCAUUCAGAAACGUUACAAUACGAUCGUGAAACGGUUUUGCUCCGCAAUCAUUAGAAAAUGUUUAGAAUUGUGCAGAGGAUAUUCACGCGACGAAAUAACAUCACGUAAUCUCGUGAAAUUGUCGUUUGAAUGCGAAAAUUACUAUAUCGCACAGGCGACAAACGCGACGACAACAUAACUUUACACGAAGAACGGAAGGAAGGACCAUUAUGUCCGGAAUUUAUGGAUACAGUCGCGAGGCAGUUCGAGUGAAAGUGAAGAAAUGCGAAUCAAACGCUUCACCAGAAUGGCGAAAAUUCUCCGUAGACCCCCAAAUUACCUCCCUCGAAGUCCUCUACAGCAUCCUAGCCAAAGCAUUCGACAUCCGAUCCGACUUCAGUAUAAGCUAUCGUGCAUUCGACCCAUCCGGCCAGGAAACCUACCUAGGCGUCCUCUCCGACUGGGAUUUAGAUGCAGCCUUCCUCCGCGCACACAACACUUCAAUCCAAACAGGCAAUGAACCAUGUCUUAAUCUUCGUGUCGAUAUCAAAGCGUUUUCCGAAGCACAAGACUGGGAGGUGAACUCACCCGCUACCAAAGAGAUUUCAGCGCUACAACAAAGCAUCGAUGCCGGACAAAAGUAUGUUCAAAAUAUGCAAAAUAAGUUACCCGGGCUGAUUAUGAAUCAUAUGGAGAAGACGUUUUCGAUGGUUCAACGAGCUCUGAAUUUAACUGAGGAGCAGUUACCAGCCCAACCCCCACGACCGCCACUCUGUGAUUCGGAAUUUCGAAACUUCUUAGAUUCCGUGGGGCAAAUUUUAUAUCCGAAUGAGUUGAGAAAGGUGAUAUUUGCAGGCGGAAUUGAUCCUAGUUUGAGGAGGGUUGUGUGGAAGCAUAUUUUGAAUGUGUAUCCAAAUGGGAUGACUGGCAGGGAACGAAUGGACUAUAUGAAACGGAAAGCAGCUGAGUAUUAUAGACUAAGAGACACGUGGCGAAUGGCAGUGCAGAAAGGACCGGUAAUUGGUGAGUUGGCAUACGUAACGAGUAUGGUCCGGAAGGAUGUCUUGCGAACAGAUAGGCUGCAUCCCUUUUACGCCGGCAGUGACGAUAAUCAAAACAUAGCUUCAUUAUUUAAUAUUCUUACGACAUACGCUUUGAAUCAUCCCUCAGUUAGCUAUUGCCAAGGAAUGUCUGAUAUAGCGUCUCCGCUUCUAGUCACAAUGGGCGACGAGGCCCACGCUUACAUUUGCUUCUGUGCAAUAAUGACCCGUUUAAAGGUUAAUUUCAUGCUUGAUGGAAUCGCCAUGACGCAGAAAUUCACUCACUUAGCCGAAGCUUUACAAUUCUACGAUCCAGAAUUUUUCGAGUAUCUCAAAUCCCAGCAGGCUGACGAUUUGUUGUUCUGCUAUCGAUGGUUACUUUUGGAAAUGAAGCGGGAAUUCGCGUUUGAGGACUCUCUCCGCAUGCUGGAAGUUCUGUGGAGUUCAAUUCGAUCUGAGCCUCCAGCCAAGGAACUUGAUUUGUUUGAAAAAGAAUUCGAGCCUCCUGCAGCUGAUGUUCCGGCACCAAAAAGUCCCUCGAUUAUAAUGCGCACGCCUAGGGAGAAUGCUUAUACUAAAGUGUGUGCCCUACGAAGGCAGAGUUCGUCCGUUUCCUCACUGUCAUGCUCGCCUAAUCAAUCGUCAUCGCCGGGGCUGUUUCUUCCACUGAACAAGUUGAAUGUUGCGAAACGGAUGAAUCAGAGCCUUGAUGAGAACAUCUCACGAAAUCCAAGAGUCAAACGUGUUCCGAAGAGUCAUCAAAGCCUGGAUGAAACGAAAAUGCUUAUGCUUAUGGAGAAUAUCGCGUUUUUCAAGGACAGCAGUGACGACCAAUCGGACAGCGUUUUCGAAAAUCCUGAAAGUGAUGAUGAUAUCGAUCUUCCUCCUACUGCAAAUCCCACGAUUGCCGAACAGAUAGUGUUCCAUCCCACGAACCCGUUUUUAUCGGACGCUCAAGAGGACGGCAAGAAUCAAAACGAGGUUGACAAAGCCGAGUUGGAUAAUUCACCGAAUAUAGCCAAUAAUAACAAUGAGAGUCCAACGGUAUCACCGAAACGCGAAUUGCGAGCGAAUCAAUCGGGUAAAUCGCUGAAAACGAAAAUCGGCGGAAAAGCUCUCUUUUCAACCAGUCCAGGGAAUAUUAUUUCUAAGCAAUUUUCGUCGCAUAAAAAGGGCGGGCAUUUUAAAGAGCUCAAGGAGAAGAUUGCGGCCAGUAAGAAAGGAAUUCUUGCCUCUAUUGAUAAAAUGGAUAACCAGUCAGUAAACGCUGCUGGUGGAAACAAAUCCAAUCAAGUCUUGACUGGGGGUCAACAAACAACGUCGGAAGAUAAGGAUGCAUCCAGCCAGCAACGGAAACCUCCAAACAAAGUAAAAAACCUCAAUGAACUCCUGAAUUUCUCCUCAAUGAAUAAAAGCCGCAUAUCCGAUAAACUAGUUACAAGUAGCAAAGCGAAUUUCGAAAAACGGGAAAGCAUAGAACACAGCGGGAAGCAUCGGCCUCUGAUCAAGCUUACGAAAAACUCCUUUGACGAUUCUGAUUCAUCGACCCUGGACGGCAACAGCGUGAGUAGCACGCAGUCACAUCCACCGGGAAAGCCUCCUCCAUUGCAGCUUCAACUGACGAACAUUGUCGCACAAACGCAAAUGAGUUUGGACGGUAGCAGCCCAGAUGACAGCCAGGACUAUUAUCCUAUGACAACUUCGAUGACCCGCGAGCUCCGCUUGGAGAUGGAGAGUUUGGACCGUCAAGUGUUUGGCGAUGCAAGUAUAAUUGAACGCAGCAAACUUCUGCAAGAUGCCUCCGAAAUUGGCUACGAAAAACUUGACAAGGAUUCAUUGGAUUUGGUGGAGGUCCGGGAAAGCGAAAUCGUUCCGAUAGCAGAGAUUAAUGAUCUGAUUGUCAUGAGGAAUAGUGAACGGAAACAUAAAGUGGACCCUCUCAAUCGGAUAAGCGUAUGCAGCACGAACACGGAUGUAUUUGUUUGGGAGAAUCCUUUGCAUCAAAUGUCUGGAGCUUCCAGUUGUAACUUCAAUGAAGUAGUGGAAACCAAUGACGAGGAGAUUCUGAUGAAAGGAUAUGUGAAUGGAAGUGUUGAAACGGAAGCGACGGUCAUAACAAAUGCCAUGACUCCGGACGAACAACAGGAUUUGGAAUACGAUGGAGAUAUCGUCAUUGAAUGCAGUGGAGAGAAUAUGAAAAAAUCGGUAACCCCCUUGCGCCUGGUGCAGCAAAAGCCCAAUAUAUCAAGACUACGCGAUGAUUCCGACUCGGAUACAACAGACAGCUGGAAAAACCAACCAAUUAAUCCAUUUCUUCCACCCAAGUCAAUUUCACAGGAGCUCAUUGAAAAUACCUUCGCCGAUACUCAAACAAUGGUUACAUCCCUCCCAGCAGGUUUGGACGCACAACUGCCACUUCAAACUCAAUCCUUCGCUCCCGGCACUCGACCCCUAGGCUGCGAAGAAGCCUCCGAGGCGAAUAUCAGCUUCUCAAAACCCAGCAAUACAAUCCUUCCGUCACCAAGCGAGUUUGGAGGCGGCAAUGCAUUUCUCAUGUUUCUGUGUCUGACUCUGCUCCUGCAGCAUCGUAACUUCGUCAUGAAGAGCGGCAUGGAUUAUAACGAAAUGGCGAUGCAUUUCGACAAAAUGGUCCGGAAACACGAUGUCACAAGGGUACUAAAUCAAGCGAGGAGAAUGUAUGCGGAUUAUCUGAAAACUCAAAGUGCAAUUGCAUCGGCUGCUGGCGAUGCGGCGACUAAGUCAUAAGAUUAGCCGAAGAGAAGGAUGUUUUUUGUUAAGGCGAUACCAAUGGGUAAAAAGCAUUACGUAAUAUUCAUGUAGGAUUUCGUUGUUGAUUUUGAAGGUUUAUUUUGACUUUUACACGCAAGCGCUGUUAGGGACGAUAUUUACUAAGCGAGGACCCUAAAAUUCAAUUAUACAGGCAGGGACCGCUUCGAACUUGUAUUCCCACUCGAAGCAAACGUCCCGAACAAAAUGAGAUUUGAUUUCGAUGUUCAGUCAUCCCCUUCCCCAUUGAAGUUAACCAUUUUAGAAUGUAAUUUAAGAGACCGAGAUGUAUGUAAGAUAUUUUUUACAAAAUACUAAGAGACAUUUUUGAAAAUUAAAAUAAAAAAUGAAAACUAAUUUAUUAUACUCGCGUUCGAUGAUGCAUUUACAAUCAAUCCUGUAAUCGUUUUCUAGUUUCUGCACCCUCUUUAUAUUGAGUCGCAAUCAUAAUCGUGUCGCCUCAUCUCAACUUAAUAUUUUACCAACUAAUUAAGAAUUAAUUUAUUAAAUUUGACCUCGCGAGAGCGAACUUCAUGCAAAGCCUUUUCUUGCUAGAGGAUUUUUUUAUACGUAUUAUGCAAUACUUGAGAAAAUGCAAGAAGGCGAAUAAAAAUUAUAUGUGAUCGUUUGUUAUUCGACAUGUUUACUAUGUAAUAUUUGAUUUGGUUUUUAAGCGUUCCAGGCACGUAUAAACGCAGUUUUCAAACGAUUUACACCCUCUGUUUAUGAACAUUCCCUAGGACUAGGUUUAAAAUAUGAAAUUAAAUUGACAAAAAACAAAACACGCAAGAGAUUCUUUGAGAUUACGAUAAUAGAAAAAUAAAAACCAACAGUAUAUAUUUCAAGAUAAAAUCAAAUUUAAUGAAUUAUUAUAUUAUCAUAAUAAUUGUACUUAUGAAUGACAAAUUAAAAAGAAAAUGAUAAA